AUGUACUUACUUUCCACCACAAACAGUUGUUGGGUAUAAGCGAUCUGGGUUUGCUUGGUUACGCCUGGGAAAGUUUCCUUAAAUAUCAGCCAUUGAAGUCGAGCAGGAGUUGUGUGUACAUAGCGAACCGGACUAGGGUCACCUUUCAGCUUUUUAACCUUUUAAUCUCUUUGCAAGAAUAUUCAUUUAUUUCUCAUGGUGGCUUUGGUAGCUUGUGUUUGUGCGUGUGUGCCUGUUAUUCAGCGACAGAUGAUAGUGACAGCCAGGCGGGGUGCUUAUGGCUGCUCAGUGAUAAGAUAAAUUGGCGGCUGUCAGGCGAAGAUAAAACGGUCAGCAACGGUCAAAACUCGACAAUGAGGAGCCAACGAGCUUCACAUGUGAACGACUAUGGAGACGGUAUGUUGACCUAUUGGCUGGGGAACUGACCUGUUCACAAGAAACACUGAUUUCUUUUAAUGUUACCUUUUUUUUUCAAAUUUAGCUACUAUCUAGUCAGACGGUAACAACUCGGGACGAUGCAGUUUUUAAUUUGCAUGUCAAGGUGCGCCCCCGGAGUGCAUUUAUCUAAACUCAAGCUAACACAACCCAGGAUGGAUCGCCGACUGCCCCUCUCAGCUGCCCUCCGGAGGAGAGAGCAGUCAACCUGGGUCAAGUCCUCAGUCCGCCCUACCUUCCUUCUCUCCUCACUCGGCUCGGCCCUGCCCUGCAGCGCGCCGACAGGUCCCUGCACGCUCGGUUCACACACUCCCAGCUGGAUAGGUCGAGCACGGACUUUCACGCACACGCCUGUUGCCUUUACCAACUCUUCAGCCGACACUACACCUGCGCCUUCCGGAUCCCUGAAGACCCAGACGGACACGGAAAGAGGCCAAACACCGGCCACGGUCCCCCCGGAGGAUGUUAAAAGGAUUUUGCGACUUGCUUACCCGGAGAGAUGGAGACUGGCAGCUGCUGUAGGCUUCCUAACUGUCUCCAGUGCGGUAACCAUGUCAGCUCCGUUCCUCCUGGGUAAAGUGAUUGACACUAUUUACUCCACUGGAACAGACAUGGAGACAAUGACAAGUUCCCUGACAUCACUGUGCAUCAUGCUGACGGGGGUGUUUCUGUGUGGUGGGGCGGCCAAUGCUGCCAGAGUCUACCUCAUGCAGAUCUCAGGCCAACAGAUAGUUCGUAAUCUCCGUGCCUCCGUCUUCUCCUCCAUCCUCAGACAGGAGGUAGCGUUUUUUGACAGGAACAGGACCGGUGAGCUUAUCAACCGUCUCUCUGCUGACACAGCUGUGGUGGGCCGCUCAGUUACAGACAAUCUAUCAGACGGGCUGAGAGCUGUUGCCCAGGCAGCUGCUGGUGUCAGUAUGAUGUUCUAUGUCUCCCCCAGUCUGGCCAGCUUUGUGUUGCUGAUUGUUCCUCCUGUGGCCGCUCUUGCCGUAAUCUACGGCAGAUACCUUCGCUCCCUCUCCAAACGCACACAGGAUGCACUUGCACAAGCCACACAGUUGGCAGAAGAGCGGAUCAGCAACAUGCGGACGGUCAGGGCUUUUGGUAAAGAGCUGUCUGAGGUCAACGCGUACACACAGAGGACAGACCAGGUCCUCAGUCUGGCCAAGAAGGAAGCUGUACUACGAGCUGGUUUCUUCGGAGUGACUGGUCUCAGCGGUAACAUCAUGAUCCUGUCAGUGCUCUACAAAGGCGGCCUCCUGAUGGCCAGCCAGCACAUGACAGUGGGAGAGCUCUCAGCAUUCCUCAUGUACACCUUCUGGGUGGGCAUCAGCAUCGCAGGUCUGAGUUCAUUCUACUCUGAGCUAAUGAAGGGUUUUGGAGCAGGAGCCAGACUGUGGGAGUUGAUGGACAGAAAGCCUGAGUUUCCCCUCAAUGAAGGCCUGGUGCUUCCCUCACAUCAGAUGAAGGGCCGGCUGGAGUUCUGUGAUGUCUCUUUUGCCUACCCAACCCGUAAAGAGGCUCCUAUUUUCCAGAACCUCAGUCUGCUGGUCCCGGCUGGCACCAUCAUGGCUGUGGUGGGACCCAGCGGAUCUGGAAAAUCAACCCUGGUAUCACUACUGCUCAGGCUGUACGACCCUGAUGCUGGUGUCAUCACAUUAGAUGGCCAUGACAUCAGGGAUCUAAAUCCCUAUUGGCUCAGGAGUCACAUUGGAACUGUCAGCCAGGAGCCUGUGCUGUUUUCAUGCUCUGUAAGAGAUAAUAUAGCAUACGGUGCAGCAGACCCAGACACUGUGACCACAGAGGACAUCUACAAGGCCGCCAGAGUGGCCAAUGCCCAUGAUUUUAUCCAGGCUUUUCCUAAGGGCUUUGACACGGUGGUGGGGGAGAAAGGAGUGCUGCUGUCAGGUGGUCAGAAGCAGAGGAUAGCCAUCGCCAGAGCUCUGCUCAAGAAUCCUAAAAUCCUCCUUUUAGACGAGGCUACCAGUGCACUGGACGCUGAGAACGAGUUCCUGGUCCAGGAGGCCCUGGAGCGUCUGAUGGAAGGAAGGACCGUCCUGAUCAUUGCUCACCGUCUGUCCACCAUCCAGAAUGCAAAUGCCGUGGCCGUGCUGGACCAAUGUCAUGUAGCUGAGUGUGGGCAGCACACCGAGCUGCUGGGCAACAGGCAGGGCCUGUUCAGGAAACUGAUGGAGAAACAGGCCUUUCUACAGGAGGAACAGAAACAAGCCCUGCGCUGAGAAGACUGGGAGCAUAGAUGAGGGGAUGAGGAAGAGGGGGACACUGGAGGCGAGGUUAGUGGCAGGGCAAAACUGGCUUUGCUCCAGAAAAGGCUGAAAUGCCUUCUAUGUUAAGAGACAGAGGAGCGGAGAGAUAAGCAUCGAGAGAGUUGAUGGAUGCUAAACAGACAUUUCUAUAGGAGGACUACAGAUGAGGACAUGAGAAAGCCAGUGUGUCUUACUACUGUAACAACUACACAGCACCACAUGAAGAGCUGUUUUAAAAUAAACAGAGAAAACACACUGAAGAAUUAAGAACUGAAACAUGGGCCAAUCCCAGCUGUCACUGGGCGAGAGGCGGAGUCCACCCUGGACAGGUCCCCAGUCUAUCACAAGGCU